UCAGAUAUGGAUCAAUCAGCAAGUGAAGCUGACGAUUGCAUAACAAAUCAUCAAUAUGAUGAACUGACAAAAGAUGAUAUUUAUUCAGCUUACCGUAAAUCACAAAAAAAGUAUCAUAAAUAUCGUGGGAGAUUCACUGAGUUAGUAAAUCAUUACCGUGAAAUGGAGAGAAUAAAAGUUAAAUUAGAAACAUUGUUAGUUGACACGCAAAAUAAAGCAUUGAGACGCAUUGGGAAUUUAAAAGAGCAGUGUCUAUUGGAGCAACAAGCCAAAGCACAUCUUGAAGACGCUCUAAGAAAUGAUAUGGAGGAAAAAGAUCACAUUAUCGAUACUCUUAAUACUAAAAUAAAAUUACUGCAAGCUAAUGGAAACAAAAUGGAUUUACUGCAGCUAGAAAGUGAAACAACAGAUAAAGAUAACGACGAGUCCAAUUCAACGAAUGAAAGUGAAGUAGAAUCACUUAAACAACAGCACCAGCAAUUAUUUACCGAAAACAGUUCAUUAAAAAAUAAGUUAGACAAAUUUGAAGCCCUGGUUGCCAAGUAUAAAGCAGGGAUGGGCAAAAUAGGAUUUAAUAAAUACUGAGUAUUUAAGUAAAAU